AUGUAUAUAUUAUUUCAAAUUUUACAUUUUGUGAGUUUAAAGCUUUCUAAAAACUCAAAAAUAAAGCUAUUUUAAGCUAAUUUAGCUUUAUUAUUAUAUUAUUAAGAUAUAUUAUAUUUUGCCUUUUAUAAAUUAAAUAGGCAUUGUACUCUAGUUAAUUAGAAGGAAAAAAUGAAGAAAAAAUAUGAAAUAAUAAGAUUUAUUAAUAAUUAAUAAAAUUAACAAAUAAUGAAAAAAAAAGCAAAUCAAUAAAUAAUGAUGAUAAUUUCUAUAAUAAAAAUUAUUUAUUUAAAUAAAUUGAAAGAUAAAAAUAUUAAUAAUAAUAAAAAUAAUAUUUUUUAAUUAAAUAUACCGAAGAUCAAUAUGGAGAGCCUAAUGAGAUAAAAGUGA